AUGGCACCAGUUGUGAUCGGCAAGCUAUCAACAACAUCCAAAGCCAUUCGCGACGAGUAUGUACAACAUCUGAUAGCGCUUUCGGAUUACGCAUUGAAAAGCGAGCCCGAAGUUUCUCAAUAUGCAAUUUUUGUACCACGCGACGAGGCCGAUGACAAGACAUGUUGGGUGCUUGAGGAGUACGCUACUAAAGCCGCCUUUGAUACGCACAUGGCUUCACCGCCUGUACAAGACAUGAUAAAAUGGAUUGGCUCGGGAAACAUUCUGGCUACAGAACCGCUGAUCCGACAGCUUGACUACGUAGAUGGAAUGUUCUUCUCCAAACCCGAGAUCUCGAAAGUGAAUGAGCCAUACGUUGUGUUUGCAACGAUCGAGUGGCAUCCAGGAAAGCGGGAUGCGUCGAUUCCCUAUUGGAACAGGGUAUUUCAGGAGACCAAGUCUGAAUCUGGCACGUUUUCUUAUGGCGUCAUGGCCGCCAAAGACAGACCUGACACGCUGCAUACGUUUGAGGUCUACGAGAGCAAGGAGUAUCUGUGGGAUGUGCAUGUCAAGGAAAACAGCGGCGUGCAGGCAACAAUACGAGACACGAAAGACUGGAGGAUAAGUUUGGAGCAUAAUCUUCUCCAGAAAGUUGGAGGCUUUUUGCACCGAUAG